CUGCCCCGCCAACUCGUCCCCCGAGUCGAGUUCCCGGAGCGCGGAAAUACUUUUGCCAUCGUCCUCAAGGCUGGUUGGGCCAAAGUUCUGGCUGCCGUCACAGGACAGCCAGAUGUUGUGUUCGGAUAUCUCGUCAGUGGACGAAGCCUCCCCAUGGCGCAGAUUGAGGACGUCAUCGGUCCAUGUAUCGACGCUUCUCCUGUUCGCGUAGAUACCAGGCAGGCAAAUACGAAGCUAGAGCUGCUGGAGAACGUCCGAGACCAGAAUCUCCAAGGAAUGCCCUACGAAACUUACCCCUAUGAUAAGAUUGUUUCCCAGUGCACGCAAUGGCCUCCCGAAACCCGGUUCAGCACACUGCUCGAGUGUCAGGUCGCAGCUGUAGAGCCGGGCAUGAUCCCCUUUGGCGAAGAUCUAACAUGCUUUUUUACAUCGGGCAGCGACAAGAACGUCAUGUGUAUGCAGUUUCUUUACAGCUUAGAGCGUGUCUCAAGUAGCCUUGUCGCUGACAUGGCCGAUUUGUUAUGCUCCGUUCUCGAUCAGCUCAGCCACCAAAACGAACUUGACAAUCCUUUCCCCUCCGUCGCUCUCGCCAUGCAGCCGACAGCGAUCCAUCGCAAAGGGCUGACCAAUGGCAGUAGCAACCAGCAUGCUCUCAAAGACGCAACAAAUGGUUUCACCGAUGUCAGCAAGACAAUUCACAUUCUACCUGAUGUCCGAAAAGUCUGGCGUGAAGUGUUUGGUGAAGAGGAGAUUAAUCCAGUGGUUCCGUUCUACUCAAUCUGGAGGAGCCCCAUAGCCGCAGUCCAACUAGCUGAUCAAUACAAGAUAUUGGGAUACAAGGUGGAGAUGGAGGACAUCAUUGAGCAUGUGACUAUGAAAGAGCGAAGCGAUAUCCUUAAUGAGAGGCACGUGUCAAGCCAAAGCCUGCUACUACAGUACUUAGGGUAG